AUGGCCGUGGUUUUGCAGCUGGCAUCCUUCUGCGUGGCAUUCAGUUCAACCCUCUUCCUCAUUGCAGCCACUUGGACAGACUGCUGGAUGGUCAAUGCCGAUGACAGCUUAGAGGUCAGUCACAAAUGCCGGGGGCUUUGGAGGGAGUGCGUCACCAACAUGCAAGACGGCAUCCGGACCUGUGACCAGUACGAUUCCAUUUUAGCCGACCAUCCAUUGAAAAUCGUGGUCACCCGGGCAUUGCUGAUCACGGCCGAUAUCCUCUCUGGAUUUGCUUUGGCCUUUCUGGUGUUAAGUCUUGACUGUGUCAAGUUUCUCAAGGAUGAGCCCCAGGUCAAGCUGAAGAUGUGCUACUCGUCGGGAUUAGUGCUCGGAGUUGGAAGCGUCCUUGGAUUGGUGGGCUCCAUUUGGUACGCCGUCGACGUCUACAUGGAAAGAGCCACUUUGGUGCUCCAUGGCGUGUUCUUGGGCGUCCACUACGACUUUGGCUGGUCUUGCUGGAUGGGCAUGGCUGGAUCCGUGGGGUGCUUGGUGGCAUCCAUUGCACUCACCUGCUGCCUUUAUGCCAUCAAAGCAGACUCUGCCCCUUCCAGGAGAUUUCAACGCACCGUGUACCACUCACGAACCGUCCCAUCCAAGAUGUAUGCCGUCGCUUCCCGAGUGUGA